AAAGAAGUCACAUUAAAUUUUGUUUUGUCGAAAACCUUUUUUUGUUACUGGCGUAGCUUAUAUAGGCAGGCCGUUUCGGCUAGUUUUGAACUAUUACUGGAGAACAUAGCUGCUCCCUCAAACGUUGAGUACGCAAGGUGAGUCAUCAGUAUGGUCCUGACAAUGCGGUCCUCCAGCAUGCGUGUCAGUCACGCAGCAUAGUAGAGAUAACAGAGUACAGACGUGAGCAAGUAAUUACACAAUACCUGGAUACCGGAGAUUUAGACUUUUUCCAAAAAAAUAACUUUUGUGCAAAGUGAAUAGAAUAGUGACGUUUUUAUGUAUCUUGUCAAAAUUGACAACGUCGCAUAAAAUCGAAGAAACUAGUCAAAAGAUAUUAUAAAUUUCCUAAAAUGCUUAGAGCAACAAUUUUAAGAGCGAGAAAAACCUUUACUGCAAAUACGUUAAGGGUUAAAAUAUGCUUAAAUAAGAGACAAUAUUCGUCAAAGCCUGAUCGAUGUGACGCCCAUAUGAAUGAGCUUCCAGUACCAUGUGGACCAUGGGAGCCGUGGUACAAAGACAUGCAAAGCUAUUAUAACAAGGUUCUGGUGAUUGGCGUUGCUUGGUUUGCUUUCUCAUUCGGCAUGAUGAUAUACACGGAAAGUUUGUACUUAAAUUUCUCGCCACCAGCCCAACCCGGUCCACCAAGCGACAUGGUUGAAGAAUGUGAGGAUAUUGAACCAUGAAUGAGAUAUUGGUUAUGUUAAAUAAAGACAAUUUUAAAGUACAAGUUGUUUUAUUUUUAGACUAAUCGAUCUGGUUUUUUUACUGAAGAAAACUUGAAGCAGGCAGACUGCUUCGAACUUUUAAG